GCCUUUUUAACUUUUAAUAUAUUCCCGUGAGGGAAAGUAGCUACAAAUAAAGUCUCUUUUAAAUACAGAAAAAUAAGGUGUCGUCCUUAUACAUUGUACAGUGUGUAUAAUGUCAUGUGGCUGUAUAUACACAAAACUGUACUUCCGUCGCGUACAGCAACGUCACUGUGAAUCAUUGUCAUCGCAAUGCCUCAACUUCCUGUUUUCGAUCCACACUCUUAAGUGAAUAAUGGCUGAAUUAAACCGACAGCUCCAGGAAUAUUUGGCUCAGUCUAAAAGCGGCGCGAAGACGAUAUCACAGUCCAGUUCCAGCACUGCAAUAGACAUCGAUGAACCCACUUCGGUGCCGGGGACCUGGUUCGGCAGGUGGUCGAGUCCGUUCUCUGGAUCCAGUAGCCGUGGAGCGUCAUCAGGCCAAGGAUCGAGCAGCGGCUUCUCGUGGCCGUGGUCAUCAGAGCCUGACCCGUGUUUGCCGGGCAUGAGUCGAUCCCAGCGACUGAUCGCGUUCGGAACGUGUAUUUUCUUCUCUGCUCUGUGCUUUGGACUGUCUGCACUUUACGCUCCUUUACUCCUACUGAAGGCGCGUAAGUUCGCUCUGCUGUGGUCGCUUGGAUCCGUGUUCGCGCUCCUCGGGGCGGCGAUCCUCCGCGGACCCAGUAAACUCAUUGCAACUCCC